CUUCUCCCAUUGCCCCAGGCGCCCGCGCCCGCCGCGAAACCCACUGGACCUCGCCGCCAGCCCCGGGACAUGGAGGUCUCCGCCCGGCCCCGGCUCCCGCACCCCGAGAUCGCCGCCCCGCGGACGCUGCUGCUUGGCUGGGUCCUCGCCCAGGUGGCUGGAGCUGCGGGCACUCCUGAUAGAGCCUAUAAUUUAACUUGGAAAUCAACUAAUUUCAAGACAAUUUUGGAGUGGGAACCCAAACCCAUCAAUCAUGUGUACACCGUUCAGAUAAGCUCUGGAUUUGGAGACUGGAAAAACAAAUGCUUCUCCACAACGAGCACGGAGUGUGACAUUACUGACGAGAUUGUGCAGGACAUAUACCAGACGUACGAGGCCCGGGUCCUGUCUCACCUGCCUGGGAACUUACAUCAUACAGAUUUUGUUGGAGAACCUCCCUCGGCAAACUCCCCGAAAUUCAUACCUUACUUGGACACAAAACUCGGGCAGCCAACAAUACAGAGUUUUGAGCAAGUUGGGACAAAACUGAACGUGACGGUAGAAGACACACGCACGCUAGUCAGAAGCAACGGCACGUUCCUAAGUCUACAUGAUGUUUUUGGCAAAAACUUAAGUUAUACCCUUUAUUAUUGGAGAGCUUCAAGUACGGGAAAGAAAACAGCCAAGACAAACACUAAUGAGUUUCUGGUUGAUGUGGAUAAAGGAAAAGGCUACUGCUUCACUGUGCAAGCUGUGAUUCUGUCCCGAAAAGUCAACCCGAAGAGUCCAGAAAGCAUCUUUGAGUGUACCAGCCCGGAGAAGGGUGUGUUCAGAGAAAUGCUCAUCGUGGGAGCCGUGGUCAUUAUGGCGGUUAUCUUGAUCGUUGUCCUGUCUGUCUCCCUGUACAAGUGCAGAAGAGGCAGGCGGGGGAGGAGCGGGAAGGAGAACUCACCGCUCAACUUGGCAUAGAGGAAGUGUGGCCAAGGCUGCACCUGCUGCUCAGCACUGAGGCCCUGAAUGUGUGAGACUGCAGAAUGUAUGGAAACUCCACGAGGACCGGAGAGUGAGCAGAAUAUAUGGAAGCACAACGAGGAAGGGACAGCAUGAAGGCCCUGGCUUCACAGAAGUUCCUUCUGUGACCUGUUCACUACAGUCGGCAUUCUGAUCUUGACAGCAGCGUUUGUCAUUUUGCAACAUAACCAACGGUACAGCUCACUCUGAAGUUGUCAGUUUGACUUAUUUAACACUAAGGCAGCUUUUGCACAGAUCAUGCCUGUGACGGUCUGUUCCGAACUCGAGAAGAAUGUAGGCUAUCCAGGCAUCGAGUGAAAAAGAUAGGCGUGGAAGAUGUCCUGGGUGGACUCCCCCCGCAGGAAGCAUUUUGAGAACCUGGCUUCAAAGGCUGUGGGAACAUGAAAUGGAAAGUGGGUAGAAUUUUCUAGUCUCCAUCUUAUUGUGACAUGGUGUUUAGGUUUGGGUAUUUGUUUGUUUGUUUUCCCCUAGGAAUACUUUUUGGAAGUUGAAAGCAAUUGUCAGACUUUUAUAUGAACCUAUUUGAUGUAGGGGAUUUCUACUUUGGGCACUUUUUUUGAUGUACAUCACAAUUUAGCACUUUAACUGACGUGGUGGUGAUCAACUUUGGACAGCUAAUUAUAUUUUUAUAAGAUUAUUACUACAAAGAAACUACAGAGUUUAUGAUUUAAGGUACUUAAAGGUUGGAUGGUUCACAUUGUAUAUAUUUAUAUGAUUUUAAAGAAGGUUUUGUAUAUGGGGAUAUUCUAUUUAUAUAGGUGCUAUUUGUAUAUAUGGAGAUAAUUUAUUUAAUAUACUUUUAUAUAAACAAAGGUGUCUGGGAAUUGAAGCGAUCGGAUUUGUCACAUCUUGUCUUUAUUAUUUAUGGUUUGGUUUUUGCAUUGGUCAUUUCUGCUGCAGUAAGGAAUAGUUCUGAAGUUUUCAUUGCUGUAUCACAACUUUUCUUCAUUUUUCACUUGGGCCACACUUUGGUAACUGUCAGGUAAAUACAGCUAUGAGAAGAAGCAA